AUGAGUUCUCCGGGUAGAAACCAUCAGCAUGAGCGCGGACGAUCGUCUGGGUCUGAGCAGCCGGGCUCACCGUCACAGCCGUCGUCGGCAGCCCGACAGCCGCAACAACCACAGUCGAUGGCCGAGUACUACGGCGACCUGGUGAACAACAAGUACUACUACAACUACUACCACGGUGCCAGCUUGGAGCAGCAAGAGGACGACCAGGACGAGGACGAGGACGAGCCAGAAGACGGCCACGAGCUGCUGGCGCGACUGGCACCACCGACAGUCGGUGGUGAAGAGGGCGAGGACUAUGACGAUGACAACAACCAGACGGACUCGGACUCGGACGAGCUGGACGAGGAGGGCGAAUACCGGGCGUCGGUGACGAGCAGCGUGCGGGCACACGUAUACGAGGGCGGGAUGCGCUUUCACGCGUACGAGGGCACGGGCAGCAACGCGCUGGCCGACGGGGAGACAGCCGGCGACGGGACGACGACGAGGCCAACAACACACAGAGGCCGGCUCUACGUGCUGCCCAACGACGAGACGGAACAGAACCGGGACGACAUGAAGCACGCGGUGUCGCUGCUGGUGAUGCGGGGACAACCGUUUUAUGCGCCAGUGCACGAGCGGCUGGUGGAGGGCGGUGAUGUGUAUGAUUUGGGAACGGGAACGGGAAUCUGGGCGAUAGAGCUCGCUGACAAAUAUCCCCGAUCAAUCGUGAACGGCGUCGACCUCUCGCCGAUCCAGCCCAACUACGUGCCCAGCAACGUGUUCUUUGCCGUCGAUGACUUUGAAGAUGACUGGGCCUCGCCGCCAGAUGCCUUUGACUUUGUGCACAUGCGCCACAGCCUGUUCGCGGUCGAGGACCGGCCGGCGCUGCUGCGUCGCAUCUUCCGGCAUCUGCGCCCCGGUGGCUUCGUCGAGUUCCAGGAGCUGCUCACGGCCGCCCAGAGCGACGAUGGCUCCCUGACCGAGACCACGCCCUAUGCUCUCCGCGACUUUUUCCGCUUUGUCGCUGCUGGCAUGCAGCGGUCGCCGCGGCUGGCCGGUGGCGAUCUCAUGGGGACGCCCUGGUCAGCUGCUGCCUCGGCUGCCUUUUCCGACCGGCUCUGCGCCCAGCUGCGCGCUGCCGGCUUCGUCAAUGUCCACGCUGCCGUCCACAAGUGUCCUCUCGGCACGUGGCCGCGCGAUCGUCGCCUCCGCGGCUGCGGCCUGCUCAUGCGCACCGCCCUCAUGGACGGCCUCCGCUCCUGGGCUUGCCGCCCGCUCGGCUCCUCCGCUGGUGGCCUCGGCUGGACCAACACCCAGAUCGAGGUCUUUCUCGUCGACGUCCGCAAGGCCGUCAUGGACCCCAACAUCCACGCCUACUUUCCCCUGCACGUCGUCUAUGCCCAGAAACCGGAGCUGGCCGCAGACGGCAUGGACAGUACCGCCACAGGACCGCAGUAG